AUGCACACCACCAAAUACUCCGUUUUCCGGGCCACGAAAUCCCUAUAAAUAUACUUUGAUCCUCGAAAGAGGCAAAAGGGAAGAAGAAGAAGAAGAAGUGGAAAAGACAACCUGACAUUCUCUAUUUUCCUUUUGUUUCUGAUGUUCUUUUCUAUGCAAAAAUCGAGUGUAAAGUGAUUUCAACAACAAAACGACAAAACUGACCCAAACCCAGAAACCAGAUUGUGAACAAAAAGAAAACCAUGGGUUUCAUGUGGAAAAUUCUAUUGAUUCUAGUUUUUCUUACAUUUGCUUGUUCGUCGGUUAGAGCCACUGUCUCGUAUGAUGAUAAAGCUUUUAUUAUUAAUGGGCGAAGAAAGAUUUUGAUUUCUGGCUCCAUUCACUACCCAAGAAGCACUCCUCAGAUGUGGCCUGAUCUUAUAAAGAAGGCUAAAGAUGGAGGAUUGGAUGUUAUACAGACUUAUGUAUUUUGGAAUGGGCAUGAACCUUCUCCUGGGAAGUAUAAUUUUGAGGGAAGGUUUGAUCUUGUCAAGUUCAUUAAGCUGGUGCAACAAGCCGGCCUCUAUGUUCAUCUCCGCAUUGGCCCCUAUGUCUGUGCAGAAUGGAACUUUGGGGGAUUUCCCGUUUGGCUAAAAUAUGUACCAGGAAUAGAGUUCAGAACCAACAAUCAGCCCUUCAAGGUGGCUAUGCAAGGAUUUGUUCAAAAAAUUGUGAAUAUCAUGAAGUCAGAAAAAUUGUUUGAGCCUCAGGGAGGUCCAAUAAUUAUGUCACAGAUAGAAAAUGAAUAUGGACCUGUUGAAUGGGAAAUUGGUGCUCCUGGUAAGGCUUAUACAGCAUGGGCUGCAAAUAUGGCUGAGGGACUUCACACUGGUGUUCCAUGGAUCAUGUGCAAACAAGAAGAUGUCCCGGCUAAUAUUAUAGAUAGUUGCAAUGGUUUCUACUGCGAAGGCUUUCGUCCUAAAAAUCCCAAUAAACCCAAAAUGUUCACUGAAAACUGGACCGGCUGGUAUACACAAUAUGGUGGUACAGUUCCUUACAGACCUGCAGAAGACUUGGCGUUUUCAGUGGCUCGGUUUGUCCAGAAUAAUGGUUCAUUCUUCAAUUAUUAUAUGUACCAUGGAGGAACCAAUUUCGGCCGAACAGCAGCUGGUCUUUUCGUUGCCACAAGCUACGAUUAUGACGCUCCGUUAGAUGAAUAUGGACUACCGUCUGAGCCAAAAUGGGGGCACUUAAGAAAUUUGCAUAAAGCAAUCAAGCAAUGUGAACCAGCUUUAGUUUCAUCAUAUCCAACCGUAACCUGGCCGGGGAAGAAUCAAGAGGUUCACGUAUUCAGAUCAAAAUCCGGGGCUUGUGCUGCUUUCCUUUCGAACUAUGACCCUACAUAUUCUACCAAACUGAUGUUCCAAAACCAUCCAUAUGAUCUGCCUGCUUGGUCCAUCAGUAUUCUACCAGACUGCAAAACUGAAGUAUACAACACUGCAAAAGUUACCGUACCAAGCUCAAAGGCGAAGAUGACACCUAUAAGUAGUGGAUUAUCAUGGCAGUCGUACAAUGAAGAAACUCCUUCGGCUGAUGACAGUGAUGCACUUGUAAUGGAUGGUUUACACGAGCAAAUAAGCGUUACCAGAGACUCCUCGGAUUAUUUAUGGUACAUGACAGACGUCACUGUAGCAUCUAAUGAAGGAUUUCUAAAGAGUGGAAAAUGGCCUCUUCUCACUGUCAUGUCUGCUGGCCAUGCCUUGCAUGUUUUCAUCAAUGGCAAGUUAGCAGGAACCACUUAUGGGAGCUUGAAUAAUCCAAAAUUGACAUUUAGCGAUUACGUGCAUUUAAGAGCUGGUGUCAACAAAAUCUCUUUACUCAGUGUUUCUGUCGGUCUUGCGAAUGUUGGCGUGCAUUAUGAGAAAUGGAAUACUGGAGUGCUCGGUCCUGUCAGCUUGAAGGGACUCGAUGAGGGCACAAGAGACUUGACGAAGCAGAAAUGGUCUUAUAAGGUCGGUUUGAAAGGUGAAGCAUUGAGCCUUCAUACUGUCACCGGAAGCUCCUCGGUUGAAUGGAUACAGGGAUCAAAAUUGGCUCAAAAGCAGCCUCUUACCUGGUACAAGGCUACCUUCAAUGCACCAGCAGGAAAUGAUCCAUUAGCUUUAGAUAUGAUAAGCAUGGGAAAAGGUGAAAUAUGGAUAAACGGCGAAGGCAUAGGCCGACACUGGCCUGGUUAUAUAGCGAAAGGGAACUGCGGGGCCUGUAAUUACGCCGGUACAUUCAAAGAGACGAAAUGCCAAAGUGGUUGUGGACAGCCUUCUCAGAGAUGGUACCACGUUCCACGUUCGUGGUUGAAACCUAGCGGAAAUCUGUUGGUCGUAUUUGAAGAAUGGGGCGGUGAUCCGACGAAAAUUUCAUUGGUCAAGAGAACUGCAGAAUGGGGUGGUGAUCAGACUAAACUUUCAUUGGGUAAGAGAACUGCAUAACGAGUACGAAGAAGUUAUAAAUUCCCGUAGUCAUCGAAUAAUGAAGGAUGAUAUACAUAAUCAUUGGCAAAUAAAUACUCGAAUACAGGAUCGAAAUUUCGAAAGGCCUGGCCUGGAUUGGUCUUGGUUUGAGGGGAAUGAAAAGUUGUACAUUUAUUACAUUCUCCAUUAUAGGAAAUGAUACAGAUAUAUUUAGGAUUGAGUUGAAUGUAAUAAUACUGCUUAUAGAAAUGUAUGUUAGUUCUGUUAUUACAGAUAUAAUAAAAAAAUUAUUUUUAUA